AAGCGGAGCGGUGCCGUCCGUAGGGCCGAGCGGCGGUGCGGGGUGGGAGCGCUGGGUUGGGGUCGGUUGAGGAGACGCUGCGGUUGCCCGAUGCACCGCGGAGAGGAAGUUUACGUUUAGGCGUUAUCCGUGUUUAUGCUGUGAGCCGUCGCUCGUUGCCCAAAGGUGGGGGUUUAUCUCCGACCGAGGAAUAAUAUUUAUGUCUGCAGACUAAAUAACGCCGUCCUUGCGGUUUGCCUGGGUGCUCUGCUCGGGUUGGGUGACUGAAUGUGGAAGGAAGGGAUGCCAUUCAGAGGGAGCUCAGCAGACUCAAAAGGUUUUCAGGAUGAAUCUGGAAAAACUCAGCAAACCAGAGCUACUGACACUGUUCAGCAUUCUGGAGGGAGAGUUAGAAGCAAGGGAUCUUGUCAUAGAAGCCUUAAAGGCCCAGCACAGAGACACCUUCAUUGAAGAGCGCUAUGGAAAGUACAACAUCAGUGAUCCAUUAAUGGCUUUGCAGAGAGAUUUUGAAGCCCUGAAGGAGGCAAAUCAUGGUGAAAAGCAGCCAGUAUGCACCAAUCCCUUAUCCAUCCUGAAGGUGGUGAUGAAACAUUGCAAGAAUAUGCAGGAAAGGAUGUUAUCCCAACUAGCUGCUGCAGAAAGCAGGCACAGAAAGGUGAUCCUGGACCUGGAGGAGGAGAGGCAGAGGCAUGCCCAGGACACGGCAGAGGGAGAUGAUGUCACCUACAUGCUGGAGAAGGAGCGGGAGAGGCUCACCCAGCAGCUGGAGUUUGAAAAAUCCCAGGUGAAAAAGUUUGAGAAGGAGCAGAAGAAGCUCUCGAGUCAGUUGGAGGAGGAGAGGGCACGCCACAAGCAGCUGUCCUCCAUGCUUGUUGUAGAGUGCAAGAAAGCCACUGCCAAAGCAGCAGAAGAGAGUCAGAAGACGGCAGAACUGAGCUUGAAAUUGGAAAAAGAGAAGAGUAAGGUGAGUAAGCUGGAGGAGGAGCUGGCGUCCAAGAGGAAGCGGGGCUUACAGAUGGAAGCACAAGUAGAAAAGCAACUCUCGGAGUUCGACAUUGAAAGAGAACAGCUGAAAGCCAAGCUGAACAGAGAAGAGAACCGUACAAAAGCACUGAAAGAAGAAGUGGAAUCUUUGAAGAAAGCCCUGAAAGAGCUGGAGGCUGCUUGCCAGGAGCACGGUCCUACUGAGCCUUCGCAGCCAAGUGUCUCUGUGACGUCCAGAGGCACUGCUACUGACAGCCCUGCCAUCAAGUCUGUGUCAUGCCAGACAGAGUUUCCACAAGCAGACCGAGCAAAUCCUGCUGGUGCAAGCAAAGCUGUGCACACUGCAUUUCCCAGCCCUCCUACACCUACUCAUUCCCAUGCGAAAUCCAACGGUCAUUGCGACACUGACACUCAAGCAGGUGGUGAGCAGCCGCAGGCAAACGCUGCGGAGAGCCAAGUGCAGAAGGAGAAACCCACUGGGGCAACACCAGAGAACACAGUUGAGAAUGGAAGUUCUCCCCUAAGAACGGAGUCACCGGUGCACCUGCUGGCCCAGCUCCCUUCCAGCGGGGUUUCCCUGUCUCCCAGCAGCACGGCUGCCUCCUCCCUCACCCCGUCUCCGUGCUCCUCACCCGUUCUGAGCAAACGCUUGGUGGGAGCUCCUGCAGGCAGCCCUGGUUACCAAUCCUCCUACCAGGUGGGGAUCAAUCAGCGCUUCCAUGCAGCUCGGCACAAGUUUCAGUCUCAAGCUGAACAGGACCAUCAGUGCAGCGGCCUGCAGAGCCCACCAGCACGGGAUCUGUCUCCGACUCUAGCAGAUAACUCUGCUGCCAAGCAGUUAGCACGCAACACGGUCACUCAGGUCCUGUCCAGAUUUACCAGCCAGCAGGGACCGAUUAAACCCGUCUCCCCUAACAGCUCACCUUUUGGCACGGACUAUCGAAAUCUGGCAAAUGCUGUGAGCCCUAAAAGUGAAUCUGGUCAUUCUCCGAGCCCUGGCAAGGUUUCCAGCCCGCUCAGCCCGUUGUCUCCUGGGAUUAAGUCACCGACCAUCCCUCGAGUGGAAAGAGGGAACCCUCCACCCAUUCCUCCAAAGAAACCUGGCCUGGCUCAGUCUCCUGCUGCUCCAGCUCCGCUCACCAAAGCCUCUUCUCAGUCAUCCUCCCUGGGUGCUGCCAUGGACGUGGCAAGCAGUUGCUCCAACAACGCUGUGGUGUCCAAUGGCAAAGACAUUGAGAUCCUCCUGCCAACCAGCAGCUAGUCUCCAGCAAAUGUGAACGUGACAUUCCGUGGCUUAGCUGGAGCUGAGGCACUGUUUUUUCCACUCCGUGUUAUUUAUUUCCAUAGUAGCAGAAUCUGUCUGUAUAAAGCAUUUAGUAUAUUUUUUUUUUCCCUUUUUUAAUAGGUAGGAAAAUAUUUUUGUUUAUGAAGAAACCUUAACUACAGCUAUAUACAGCAGCCUCAAAACGUCUCAUGGCAACAGUCAAAUCAGUAACAGGAACCCUGCACUGGUCCUUAACCUAUCAAGCUAAAGUGGGACUGAAACGCUACUUAGAAACUAAGCAGAAAAAGCUUCUGCAGACUUUUUACUCCAGAUGAACAUUUUAUAUAUAUAUAUAAAAAAAAAAGAAGUGCCUGAACUUAAGCCUGCAUUCCAAUAUGAAUGUGAUCCUCUGGAAAAGGUGAGGAUGGGGACCAUCUAGCUGCAGGAUCAAAUCCUUCCGUGAGUCGUGAAUGUUUAGGGGCGACACUGGUUUUGAUUCUUUCCAUUUGCUGCAGUUCAGUCAGCAAAUGUCUGGUGGGAUUCUGUAAGGCGAGCACCAAACUGCUGCGGCAGCCACAGCCACGCUGCAUCCCUCAGGAUGGCUUUUGGGAAGCAACGUGAGUUUCCUGGGGUAGAACUGAGCAAUACAACCCGCUUUCCUUGCUGUGUGUGAGGCCAGUGAGGUGCUGGAACAGAGAACUGCAGGUGCCCCAUCCUCAGAGGUCGGGUUGGCUGCCCUAUUGAUGUGCUGGGGGGGCACCCAGCCCAGGGUAGGGGUUGGCACCAGGUGGUCUUUAAGGUCCCCUCUGACCUCUGAGCCAUUCUAUCAUUCUGCAUUCAAUGUCCAAGCAGUUUUUUUGCCUUCCUGUAGCACAUCCCGCGUGCUUCGAUGGCUGAACUCCAGGUUCUGGUGUGUCCCUUUUAAUUUCCACUUUCUUUAAGCAUUCUACUGUUGUGUGUAGAACUUCUGAGAAAAGGAUCUUGCUAUUACUUUAUCAAGGUCUUGCUAUUACUUGAAAACAAGAGAACCAAAACACUAGUCCAUAUGAUACAGGUUUUUUCCAAUGUGGGAUCUUCUACUCUACACAAAAGCAAUAAUUCUGUUCAUCAUUUGCACCCAUGGCAUCCAGCUGACCUGGAGUUAGCUGUGGGUCUUUUGGCUUUCAUUGGCUGCUGCAAAUAGGGAACCAAAUAAUUGCUGUCCUGUGUGUGGGUAAUGUCACACACACGUAUUAAGUACACAGUGCAUUAUCAAAGUCUAUUCUGGAGCCUUUCCUGAAUAAAAAGAGAGCAGGGGAAUCCUCUGAGAUGAAAAAUCAUUUAGAGCAAGGGGCAGAGGGUGAAGUUUGAGGCGAGAAAAGCGAUGUGGGCCGAAAUGGGGCAGAGCAGCUGCUUCUGUGCAGGAUAUGCAGCCCUCACUGCGAUGCUCUGCCCUCGUUCUGCAUGCAGUGCUUGGCUCCAUGCAGUCAGCAGUGCCUGUGGGCGAUGCUGGGGGGUGGAGGCAGAGAGCAAAACCCUGAGUUCGUUUUUCAGGUGUUGGUUGCGAGCAGAUCCUGCACUCAGAAGCAUCAGGUUGCCUGCAGCCGGAGCUGCUUUCUCCUUCAGCCUCGUUAAAUAUUUAAUUAAACAAAACACGUCCCACUUUGCCAUAGGAGAAAACGCCCGGCUGCAGCUGGGAGGAUGCACUGCUGUACCUUCAUGAGUUCCCUGAGCUCUGGGUCUCCCUUUGCAGGACAUCAGAGCUGUGUGCUGCUGUCGAGCGGCUGCUGCCCACAGGGCCCCUGCUGCCCUCCCUGCACAGACAUUCAGAUCCAUUCCCAUCUACCUUCAAGUCGUGCUGUUUGUGCCAUAGUUCCUCACCCCUGGGAGCAGCAGCAGCCCUUUGGGAAGCACAUUUACUCCUCUUUUUCAACACUCAUAGCAGAUUUGUUUUCUCCUCUCGGUGAGUGUAAUCCUAGAGAUGGAUGGGCAGAUGGGUUCAGGCCCUCAUGUGGCUUUUGAUUCAAAAGCAAGGCUUUGUAUACACUGCUUUAACACGUUCCUUUGCUUUUACGUUGGUGUAAAUUGUAUUAUCCCCCCUCCUUAUAGCUCUAUAGAGAGGCUAUGAUGAAGUUUAUUAGGAAAUGCACUGAGUACUGUUUCUUCUACUAUAUACUAUGGGAAGGGGUAUGCAGAAGAAUGUAUUUUUGCUAGCAGCCGAUCUUUGGGGGGGGAAUUAAGCACAAAGAUGGCAGUGGCUCCAUUUAACUCAGUGAGGAGCUUAAGGGUAGAAUGUCCAUGUAGACUCUGUGUGAAAGCAGCUAAAUAUCACUCCUAGAACUCACACCUGUUACAAGCAAGAGUUGUCACUGGAGAACGGAGUAUAAUGAAGUGCAAAGACGCGUGCUCUAGUAUUAAUCCAUUAACACUUGUACAUUUGUAAAGCCAAACGUACCGAGCUGAAGUCUUUAAUCUUAUAGCUGACGGCAUUAAACGUGUUAAACAUUCGUACGAUCAAUAAAGGAUUUUAUUUUUAACAUUG